UCCUUUCUCUUAUAGGCCUAUGCAAACAAUAGCACAGGAUGAACAAUGAAACCACACUGUCUGAAUUUAUUCUUCUUGGUCUUUCCAGUGCUCCAGAGUUGGAAGUAGUUUUAUUUUGUGUUUUCUUUUUUAUGUAUAUAAUAUGCAUGACUGGGAAUCUUAUAAUAAUCAUUAUAACGAGUAUUGAUCCAGCACUGAAUACUCCUAUGUAUUUCUUCCUUAGUAAUCUUUCCUUUUUAGACGUAAUAUGCACAACAGCCACUAUUCCAAACAUGUUGGCUCAUUUCUUUUCUAAACACAAAGUGAUAUCAUUCCAAGGAUGCCUUGUGCAAAUGUUUGUAUUUACUGCUGCUAUGGACACAGAGUUUCUCUUAUUGACCAUUAUGUCAAUAGACCGUUACCUUGCAAUCUGUAAUCCUUUGAGAUAUAAGACUAUUAUGAGCAAAAAAGCUUGCUAUUUUAUGUCUGCUGUUGUGUGGACAUUUGGAUUGUGCAGCUCAACAUAUCACACAUCAAGCACAUUUCGUCUGUCAUUUUGUGCAUCCAACAAAAUCAAUCACUUUUUCUGUGAAAUUCCACAAUUGCUGGCCCUAUCUUGUUCUGACACAAGUAUUAAUGAGCUUGUUCUCAUAGUAACUGAUGUUGUUUUAGGAGUAUUUUGCUUUAUCUUUAUAUUUGGGUCGUAUUUAUUCAUUAUUUUGGCAGUGUUAAAAAUACGCACCGCUGCAGGAAAAAUGAAAGCUUUCUCUACUUGUGCCUCUCAUAUAACUGUUGUGCUAUUAUUUUAUGGCACAUUAAUAUUUGCCUACUUUAAGCCCUCAAAUGGAAAUGCGUCAAACAUGGACAAAGCAAUUGCUGUUCUUUACACUAUUGUAAUUCCAAUGCUCAACCCUAUAUUAUAUAGUUUGAGAAAUAAAGAAGUAAAGGAAUCUGUUCAGAAAGUUAUAUUUAGGAAAAUACAUGCAAAUUAAUUUUUUUAAUAUACAGUGGUUUUGCCCUAUGGUAUUUGCUGUUUGUAUACUGUAUGAAAGAGAGUGCCCUGGAUGCAUGAUAUUAUAAUUAAAAAAAAAAAACUUAUGUAUGAAAAUAAAAACAUUGAGU